AUGAGCAGCAAGGGCAUCAAAUGUGCAUUCUCUGGGGACUCGAUGGAGAAAAAUCCCCUCAGCCAUGUUGACCUGACCGACGAGUAUGCGGCAAAGCUGCAGGGCAUUCAAAGGGAACUUGCGCAUCACAAGCUUAUUCUAGGUGUGCUCCCACCCUCCUCCAUCCUUGAUAGAUUCAACAACCAAGACAUUGAAGAUGCUGCUGCUAAGUCCAACAACCAAGACGUUGAAGACAGUACGACCAAGUUCCAUAAUGAAGGUGCUAGCGCUAAGCCCUGUGAUAAGUGUGACAAAAAGAGACAAAGAUGCCCGAAAAUGUUUAUCAAGGCCCGUGGACAGAAAAUGUUGAUCAACGACCUUCAUAUGUUCUUCGAUCACGUACCUCCGAUACUCAACAAAAAAAACAUCAGUAUACCAAAGGUGAAGGCGUGUGAGGGAAGAUCAACUUGGUUAGAGGCUGGCAUGGAAUCGGACAAUCGUGACGUUGUACCAAGCAGAGAUUUUGUCAGGUCUGCAAUUGCCUUGCGAUAUGCGAUAGCGAUUGUCAAGUCUAUGGAACUUCUUUCCUUGUGCAUUAACUCAGUUAUCAAAGCUGUGGAGUCUGGCUGGCCUAAUGGUUUAGGUGUCAGUUUAUGA